AUGCCACUGAACGUACACGAUUCUGGAAGGGAGGCCUCUCUGUCUAUGGGUAUGCCCGAUCCCUCUUUCGUCGCCGCAGUGCCUUCUCCAUUCGCAAAGCCCAUUCAUCUGGAAGCUGAACACGCUUUCGGCAGACUUGAGCCGUUCCGUCCUUCCUCGAUGGAUCUACCUUCCAGCCCAGACGCCCCAAGCGAACCGGUUCUUGCGCCAGAUGGUCCAACUCCAGAACGCGCAAGUAUCUACCAGGUGCAUUUGCCCGAUUGGUAUUCGUACUACACAGCGUGCACACAGCAUUUCCUUGACCACGCGCAACAUUCGCUUCCUGUGCAAUCCGUGGCAGCAUACAUAAACAUCCGCCUCCCUUGUCAGCAACUAUCCAAUCCUGUCGCGCGCUUUGGCGCCUCUAGCCCUUCAUCGCAAAUUUCGCUGCGGCACUAUAUUCGCCGCCUCGUCGUGACAGGAAACGACACGGCACCUAUACUCGAAGCAUUUUUUGGCGCCGACUGGUCUAAUGGCGUCGGCAACAUCCGCAGGCAGGAGAGGAUGAAUUAUCUAUUCACCGCAAAGAGUAACGGGUGGGCAUCAACAAAGGCCGCUUACGAUAUCUUGCCAGACGAGCAAACGCCAUUCAUACGACCACUCCACGACGCAACUGAAGAAGAGCUCUGCGAGGCCGAAAAGCAUUGGAGCGAGUGGCUCGCUAUGGAAGAUUGGAUGGUGGGGCCACGUAGUCCUUGGGAGUGA